AUGACCACCUAUGAAACUAAUAAUGGUGCCAUGACUGAACAAGUUUAUCAAAAUAAUAAUAAUAAUGUUUCUGAUGAUGAUGAAAUGGAUAAUUCCUCUGAAACUUCAAAAGGUUAUACCUCUUCAAAUUCUUCCUUUGUUGAAGAAUCAAAAAAGAAUGAUUUGAUCGCUGUUGAAGAUAAUAAAGAAGAAAAAAAAACUAAACGGAGCAAGCGUAAUAGCUUUAAGCGUAUGUUCAAUAGUAAGAAAGAUGAUAAGGAUGAUAAGGAUAAAGAUAAACCUCAAUCUGAAGGUUUGGUUCGUUCUUUAUCGGCGAUGGGAAUAUUUGGUAAAGAUAAUAAACGAAGUGAUAGCGAAAAGAGCGAAAAAUUCUUGCGUCCAACUUCUCGCACGUCAUCAAAUAGUGAUAAGACAAAGAAUAGACGCAGCUUCAUCUUCUUCUCUGAUAAUGAAGAUGACAAUAAUAAACUUGAUUUGGAUGUCAAUAUUAAGAAGGGUAGAAAAUCUAGACAAAACAGUACCUCUGACGUGGAAAAAGAAAAGACCUCAAAAAAGGAGAAUCGUCUCAGUCUUAACAUUGGUAAAAUGUUGGGUUUAGACGGGAAUAAGUCUUCUCAUAAACCAACUAUAUGGGAUGAUACUUUCCUUGAACCUGGUGAAACCGUUGGGACUCCAAAAAGUCCAACGAGAAAUUAUUUUCAAGGUGGUUCUACAAAUUCCUUUAAAAAUAAACAACUCUCCAAUAUUAUGGAUGGAUCUUAUGUUGAAUCUCCUGUUAGCUCUCCUCGUGAUAUUCUAUCCACGGUUGUUGGUACCGAUAACGUUAAUAUCCCUAACCCUAUCAGUAAACUUGAAGACAUCCCGUCAAAAAAGAAAAACACCAAUUCUGAGGUGACUUCCGACGAAUCUCCAUCUCCGAAUGAUGAUUUCAGAUCAACCAAUUCUUCUUCAUCUACUGUACCCAGUUCCGUUAACGAUCAGGAGGAUUAUAAAGAGGUUUCUUCUAACAACAAUAUCAGUUUCAAUCAACGAAGAACCGAAUUCAAUGGAGAAAAUGUAUCUUAUUAUCACCCUCCCAUCUCUGAAGAAAAUGAAGAAAUCGAAAGUGAACAAAAUUCUCCUACCACUCCAAAAACUCCUAGACUCAUUGUCACUCGUUCCGAACAACACGAAUCUGAAUUCAUUGAAAUCUUUAAUGAUUCCAAUAAUCAAAAACAAGUUUCAUUUGAGGAUGUACAACGAGAAGUGCAGAAACCACAACAAGAACAUCAUUCUCUUGUCGAUUCGACCGUUGGAUCGAAAUCAGAUUCCGAUAGAUUGACCCGUAUUAAUGAGAUUAAAAAUUCAAUGAAUGUUAAACCUCUUGUUAUUUCAUCCAUUAAUGAAAUUCAUAAUACAACGCACGUUAAACAUAUCACCCCCGAUGUUCAAGAACGAGAAAGGGACAUCGAUAGCACAACCGUAAAAAUUGUUGAAAGACAAAAUCAGGAUAACGCAACUAUCACUAGCACUGUUACCGCGCAAGUUGGUGAUAAAGAUCAGGUCGAAAAGAAAUCAUCAAAUAGAAAACCAUUUUCGCUUUCAACUCUAAAUCCAUUUCAAGAUAAAUCUAUCAAAGAAAACAAUUCACACAAUUCCCUUGACGAACGAGUUAUGAAAAAGUUGCAAGAACUUGAAGAGAUGAAUAGAUCGCUUACUAAUACCAAAUCAAACCUUGAGACUAGAGUCGCAGAACAAAGUAGUCAAAUUAGCAAAUUAAACUCGAUGGAACAAAUUAUGCAACAGCAAAUGAAUGUUUCUCAACUUAUGUCAGAAACCAUGCAACGUUUAGAAUCAAAAGUAAAUCAACCAAAAGAAGAAUUGGAUAGUACAUAUGUUGGAAAAAUAUUUGAGGAUACUAUUAAACGUUUAGAAAAUAAAAUCGAUCAACAAAACGAAGAGUUAAAUUAUCUAAAAUCAAUCGUGGGACAGUUGGCUGGUGGGAAUCCACAAUUGUAUUUAACACAAAGCAGGGAGAUUGCCCAAUUAAGGAUAAGUCACGAAGAUCAAAAUCUAAUUGUAGCACAACACGAUGGAGAGGAGAAUCAAUCGAGACGAGAAGCAUAUACGAAACACACCCUUGUAAAUACAUUGGUGGUUAAUCCAUUAUACAACACUAUUACCGUAUCUGCUAGUAUCGCUACUUCUGUCUUGUAUGCAGUUUACGUAAGACCUGUUGUGGGUCUCGUCAAGGUUGUUAGAAACGGGACCGCGGGAUUUCAUUGA